GGACGUGUGCAGCGUAGAGGUUAAAAGAGUCAGACCAGAACUGGGCUCAGUCGCUUGCUUAGCCGCGAAGCUCGCUGGGUGACCCUAAGGCCAGCCGUCCUAUUUCCUAGGGCAGUGUAUGCAUAUCCGCUGGGAUUUCCAGGACAACAGGCGAUGUGAAAAUUUAGAGCUUGUUUGGGAUAAGAUUUGCAGAAUGGGAUUUUUUCCCCUGGACCAAAAACAAAAGCCGUGCAAUAUCCUUUUGAUUAAAGUCAACCCAAGUGACACAGAACUGGGAAAGUUGUCCAGCGCACUUCAUCAGGGGGGUAUUAAAAGGUGAGGGCAUGGUGUGGGGUGUUUUUUUAUUUUUAAAUCCAGUCCAGUGAAGUGUUCAGGACAAUUAAAGAGCUCCACAGUUUUGAGUCAAAGUCUGCAGAAUUGCCAAGCAAGGACCUUAAAUGCAGAAAGCACUUUAAGUGCAACCUCCUGUUAGUUGCAUCAGAUCCUGCAUGUGGGAGAACUCCUGAGCAGGAAAAUUGCAUCAGUUUAUGCACCGUUGGAGCAGACUCAUUCUGUAGCUUUAGGUUCUGCAUACUCCAGUCAGCAAAGUUGACCCAGGAUGCCUCUCAAUGAUGAGCAGAACAGUGACUGUGACUCUUCAAGGUUCUCUGAAAGCACAGCUUCUUCCAGUGACUCUGAAUAUUCAAGACAAAGUUUUACCAGUGACUCUUCUAGCAAGCCCAGCUCUCCAGCUUCAACAAGCCCUCCCAAAAUGCUUACCUUUGACGAAAUGAUGGCUGCGGCAAGAAACUUGUCAAACCUGACUCUGGCUCAUGAAAUUGCUGUGAAUGAGAAUUUCCACUUGCAACGUGUAGAGCACCCGCAGAACAGUUUGCCUGGAAGAGUGAGACAAAUUGUACACCAAGUAUUCUGGGAUCGUUUGGAGGAAGAUCUGAACAAAGAUCCUCCCAUGUAUGAGCAUGCUAUCAAGCUGUUUGAAGAAAUUAAAGAGAUUCUUCUUUCGUUUCUGAACCCUGGCGCAAACAGAAUGCGAAGCCGAAUCUCUGAGGUCCUUGAUGCAGACCUCAUAAGGCAGCAGGCCCAGCAUGAGGCGGUUGACAUCCAGGGCCUCGCUAAUUAUGUCAUCACCACAAUGGGGAAACUGUGUGCUCCAGUAAGAGAUAAUGAUGUAAACCAGUUAAAAGCCACUGGGAAUAUUGUAGCAUUGUUGAGGCAAAUAUUCCACGUUCUGGAUCUUAUGAGAAUGGAUAUGGUUAAUUUUACUAUUCAGAGUCUUAGACCUCACCUUCAGCGCAACUUGGUGGAUUAUGAACGAGAAAAGUUCCAAGAAAUACUUGAAGAAACAUCAAGUGCCCUGGACGUAACAACAGAAUGGAUAAGGGAAUCUAUAAAGGAUGAAGUAUCUUCUGUUUCUGGUGAAGCAUCUUCAUCCUCUGGUGCUAAUGGGAUCUCAAAACCAAAUCUGAGCCCUACUCUGGUGCUAACCAACAGCUACUUGAAAUUACUGCAGUGGGACUAUGAGAAAAAGAUUAUUCCUGAGACACUGGUGACAGAUGAAGGUCGCCUUCGUGAGCUGACUGAGAAAUUGAAUCAGUUGAAGAUUGUAGCUUGUAUCUCUCUCAUAACAAGCAACAUGGUGGGUGCAGCUACUGAAGGAAUUGUAGGUUUUUGUGACAAACAAAAGAGGAUUUCAUUUGUCCUGCUUGAUGGAAUGAAUAAGAAGACAUUUGAUCUGAAAGAAGCUCUUACCGCCAUAGGUCUCCAGACAUGUAGUGAAAUAAACCAGUCGUUAACUGAGAGGGGCUUCCCGCCACUAAACAAAGACGUUGAGGCAAAUUUAGUGGGUCAGCUCUGUAACAUCGUAGAGGAAGAUAAUCCAAUCAGCUCCUUAAUUGAUAAACGAAUUCAACUGUACAUGAGAAGCUUGCUUGCCUCUCCAUACUCACAGAAGUCAAUGGCAACAAUUCCAGGAGGCCUUGCUGUGGUUCAGACAGAGGUGGAGAGCAUUGGAUCUCAAUUUGCCAACAUUGCCAAUCUGAAUAAACAGGUGUAUGGACCAUUCUAUGCAAAUAUCCUUCGAAAACUGCUUUUCAAUGAUGAGUACAGCAGACACUGACUCUUUUACUAAUUGAAAUAUGUAAAUCAUCACCACCCCUUCCUUUUUGCUGUAUUUAUAUAGUGGUGAUUUAUUCUUCUGAAUGUGCAUAGCUUAAAGUGAUGACUGAUAAUGAGACAGAAACAUGUAUAUCUAAUAAAAGAAACUCUAGCAAUUAUAUUCAUAUAAAGGUGCCCCUGAACCUCAAAUCCCUGGAAAGCUAUUAAGUUAAACAUAUGUUUGAAAGAUUAUUUCUGCUUAUAACGAUGAGUUGUAACAUUUAUUAUAAUUGUUCUUCCAUAAAUGGUUUCUCUAAAGCAAGAAUCAAA